AACACAUGUCUUCUUGUAGUGGAACAACUUGCGAUUGCCCAGCAAAUCGAAGCUCUACAGCAACAGCAGCAACAGAUUGCUGCAACCCACCAACAAUAUGUUAAUAUGGGCAUGAUCCAACCACAACAGCACCUUCCCGGUGCAAAUUUCCAGAUGCCAGGACAAAUCUCGAACGUCUCACCGCACGCGAACAACUUCCAAUUCCCCCAGCAAGUACCUCAGCAGCAUAUGCAGGUACCUUUGAACGCGCCCUCGCAGCCAUCUUCUCACCGCCGCAACCAGUCCGCCCUCCCUAAUGUGAUGGGCCCCCCUCCUGCCCCGUCUUCCGGUGCCUCCGGGUUCGGUGAGUACAGUGGACAAGGUACUCAGGGUCGUGAGAACGUGAAUCCUCGUGGACGAGGUGGUGGAAGUGCAGGAUCUGGACACGCUCGCCGCCACUCCCUCGCUCUGCCUGAGGCGAAGAAGGCUGCAGAGUUGGCAGAGCAGAAGAGAAAGACUUCUGGCUUCCAAUUCCCGCUACCCUCCGCGGGCGGUUCCAGCAACCGUGAUCAAAGCCCUAGCGGCAACGCACCGAGUGACCAACCACCUUCUGGACGAGGUGGCCGUGGCGGACACGGUCGUAGUCAAAGUAUGGCAGUUGGGCGUGGUGGAGGUAACGCCAAUCGCGGCGGAGGCAACUUCCAGUUCCCUGCCCCCCAGUCGACCGAGUCGAACGCCAGUAACAAUAAUAAUAAUCAGAGCGGGCAGUCGGACUUCCAGCGUCGUGGUAGUUCAGGACAUGGCAGGACCUCCUCCCGCAACUUUGAGGGCAAUUGGCGACAGCCCAACAACCAACAACAAGGCCAGCCACAGCAGCCACAACAGCAGUCCCAGGAUGCCCAGGCUCAGAACAUGGGCAACUUCAACCUGAACCAGACUGCCAAUGCCCCUCCUUUCCAGCCCGGUCACCGUUCUCGAGGCUCCGUCAACCAAUCGGUUGGUACCCUGGGCAACUUCCAGUACCAGGGCCAACCCCAGUUGAUGCAACUUCCUCAAGGCCAAGUCCUUAUGCAGCAGCAGAUGUUCGGUGGACAGGGUCUGAACCCCCUUCAGAUUGCUCAUCUACAGGCACUGCAGGCUGCUCAGAUGAAUGGCCAAGGCAUGGGUGGCCUACAAGCCAGCCAGCAUGCGCCGCCUCAGCUGUCUAUGCAACAGCAACAGCAGCAACGCAAGACGCUUUUCACUCCUUACCUACCCCAAGCUACCUUGCCUGCACUACUCAGUGACGGACAGCUAGUUGCUGGUAUUCUUCGUGUUAACAAGAAGAACCGUAGCGACGCCUACGUCACUACCACCGACCUUGAUGCUGAUAUCUUCAUCUGCGGAAGCAAAGACAGGAACCGUGCCCUCGAGGGUGAUCUGGUUGCCGUUGAACUUCUCGAUGUCGAUGAGGUUUGGGGUCAAAAACGUGAGAAGGAAGAGAAGAAGAAGCGCAAGGACAACGCCGACCCUCGCGGCGGUAGCAUCGCUGUGAAUGACGCUACUACUCAGCCAGAGACGAGCCAGGAAGGCGGCAUCCGCCGACGUGGUAGCUUGCGCCAGCGACCUACCCAGAAGAAGAAUGAUGAUGUGGAGGUCGAGGGACAGAGCUUGCUUCUCAUGGAGGAGGAAGAAAUCAACGACGAGCAGAAGCCCCUCUACGCUGGUCAUAUCGUCGCAGUCAUCGAGCGUGUUGCUGGCCAGAUGUUUUCAGGCACUCUGGGACUUCUUCGUCCUAGCAGCCAGGCGACAAAGGAGAAGCAGGAGGCUGAACGACAGGCUCGCGAGGGUAGCUCUGGCCGCCACCAACCUGAACGCCAGCAAGACAAACCAAAGAUUGUCUGGUUCAAGCCUACUGACAAGCGUGUCCCUCUCAUUGCUAUUCCUACCGAGCAGGCACCAAGGGAUUUCGUCGAGAAGCAUCAAGAUUAUGCCAACCGCAUCUUUGUUGCAUGCAUUAAGCGAUGGCCGAUCACCUCCCUGCAUCCUUUCGGUACCUUGGUCGAGCAAUUGGGCGAGAUGGGUGACCUCAAGGUUGAGACCGAUGCUUUGCUGCGUGACAACAACUUUGGUCCAGAUGAUUUCUCUGAUGCCGUUCUCAAGAACGUCGGAUUUGAAAAUUGGUCUGUGACUAAUGACGGUGAGACCGCCUUGGAGAACCGACGUGACUUCCGUAAUGAGGAAUCGUUCACCAUUGACCCCAACGGGAGCAAGGAGCUUGACGAUGCCAUCCACUUCAAACACCUCGAUAAUGGCCGCGUUGAGAUCGGCUUCCAUGUUGCCGACGUUGCUCAUUUCAUCAAGGCCAACUCGCUCGUCGACCGCGAGGCCAAGAAGCGUGGAACAGCAGUGUAUCUGAUGACUAGGACCGUCAAUAUGCUUCCUCCACGAUUGGCCACUGAUAUCUGCUGCUUGAGCCCAGGCGAGGAUCGUUACACCGUCAGUGUUGUCUUCCAGGUUGACCCCUCGACUGGCCAUGUCUUUGAGGACGAGACUUGGAUCGGAAAGUCCGUCAUCAAGAGUUCUGGCAAGCUUACCUAUGAAGAGGUUGACUCCGUUAUCAGCGGAAGCAACGAUGUUCAGGUACCAGCAGCAAGAGCCAAUGACAUCAAAUUGGCCCAUUCCAUAACGCAGAAGUUCCGACAAGCACGCUUGGGCGACCGUUCCACCGACAACAGCACAGACUUCCCUCCACUUAGACUCAUUUACCAGCUCGAUGACGAGAAUGUGCCCGUCGAGGAGAACAUUUUCUACUCAUCGCCUGCGCACGAGCUCAUUGAGGAGCUUAGCCACAAGACGAAUGCUUACGUUGCUAAGAAGAUUGUCGCCGGCCUUCCUGAAAAGGCUCUUCUCCGACGACAGCCAUCGCCCAACUCUCGACGUCUGGAAACGACUGCUGAGAGGAUGAAUGCUAUUGGUUACAACCUCGACACAACUAGCAGUGGCAGCCUCCAGAGCAGCCUUUUCCAGAUCGAAGACAACGACAUCCGCAAGGGUAUCGAGACUCUUGUUAUCAAGUCCAUGACAAGGGCCAAGUACUUCGUUGCCGGCAAGACUACAGAAGAUCAAUACCCUCACUAUGCCCUCAACCUACCUGUGUACACUCAUUUCACCAACCCGUCCCGUCGCUAUGCUGAUAUCAUUGUCCAUCGUCAGCUGGAGGCUGUCCUCUCCAAUGGGGCCAUUGAAUUCACAGAUGAUGUGGAGGUUCUCUCCAAGACCGCAGAAAUGGCUAAUACCAAGAAGGACUCUGCUCAUGCCGCCCAGGAACAGAGUGUACACAUCGAGGCUUGCCGCAGGAUGGAUAAGAUGCGUCAAGACCUCGGCGGUGAUCUCAUCAGUGAAGGUAUCAUCUUGUGCGUGUACGAGUCGGCCUUUGACGUCUUAAUUCCCGAAUUUGGAUUCGAAAAGCGCGUCCAUUGUGACCAACUUCCGUUGAAGAAGGCUGAGUUCGAUAAGAACAAGAGGCUCCUCGAGUUGUACUGGGAGAAGGGUGUUCCUUCCUCGACCUACAUCCCUGAAGACGAGCGUCCAAAGCACGGUUCAAGCCGGGCGGCAAACGCUGCUGCUGCUGCCCGCGACGCGGAGCUCGCCAAACAGCGCGCCAAGGAGCAAGAGGAGGCUCAACGACGAAACAUGGAUACAGGCACUAUGUCCACCGAUGAUGUUGACGCUUUGUUCGAUGAUGAAGACGAUGAUUCCACGGAUCUUGCAGGCACAAUGGCAGGUGUGUCUUUGAACCCUGCAGGAGCCGACCGUCCUACUCAGAGCAUGCCACCUUCCCCAACCCGGAACGGACUCUCAACUGGACAGGCCCCUCACCGUGUCAAGUCCGACUCCAAGCUUGCUCAAAGCGCUAGUGAAGUACCCGAGGCCAAGCUUUCGAACAAGGAGAAGUACCUGAACUGGUUCACUCUCAGGGAGGAGAAUGGCGACUACAUCCAGGACGUCCGGGAGAUGACUCGCGUGCCAAUCAUCUUGAAGACUGAUCUCUCCAAGAGCCCUCCUUGCCUGACCAUCCGCUCUCUCAACCCAUACGCUCUAUAAUAACCUCGAUCAACGAUGAACCCGAUCAACUGUAUCGAUGUCGACAUAGACGCCACUUUGGGCGUCUUUGUCUUUGACCGUGAAAUGCGACCAGGAACGAGUUUGGAACCAAAGGUCUCUCAGCGGGGGCCUCGGAAUGUUGGUGACGUUGUCGU